AUGCCGAGGGACGAUGGAGACGGGUUCAUGACGCGGUCGUCGGAGGUGCGAAAGGAAGGGAAGUUCAGGGGACUCAUGAACAGGCUGAGAAAAGAGCAAAAUGCUGCAUUCCAUAACUGCCUUAUCAUCGGCCUCGACUUUGGAACAACGUACUCUGGCGCGUCGUGGAUCACGAUGGCGGAUUUUGGCAAGGACGAUAUCAACAUCGUCACGCGAUGGCCAGGGACGACACACGAGGAAGCCAAGACACCCACCAGACUGUAUUACGAGUUCGAAGGCGACAGGCCGCAGUGGGGAUUCCAAGUCCCAGCCCAUCUGGACGCCAUUGAGUGGUUCAAGCUGUUACUCCUUCGCGACGAGGAUAUGUGGGAGUCGCUGAGGGCCUCGGACCACAUAAUGCGCACCAGAAGGAUGCUUCGCGAGAGUCGCAAGACCGCGCAGGACUGCGUUGCUGACUAUCUGCGUGCUUUAUGGGAGCAUACGCUCGCCGAGAUCCUGAAGGUGCGCAAGAAGUACCUGAUCGAGGCGCUGCAGUUCCAUGUUGUCCUCACCGUCCCAGCCAUCUGGAAGGACUACGCCCGAACCUCGAUGACAGAGGCAGCCAGGAAGGCUGGAAUCCUGGAUCCCCGGAGGGCUGGCGAAACGACUCUGACCUUCGCGCCUGAGCCUGAGGCGGCAGCCCUGGCAUCUCUUAUUGAGCGCGAGGGUCGCCUCGACAGUGAAGACGUCUACUUGAUCUGCGAUGCUGGGGGUGGAACUGUGGAUGUCAUUACCUAUAAAAUUGGAAGCACAAUGCCACUGCGACUUCAUGAAGCAGUAGAGGGUGCCGGCAACGUCUGCGGCGGCAUAUUCAUCGACGAGGACUUUAAAAUCCAGCUGAGAAACCGCCUUGGUCGGAAGUUCUCGAUGCUCAGUGCAGUUGAUAUCAAUCGGAUUUUAAAGGCGGAAUGGGAGUAUUCCAUCAAGCCACAGUAUUCAAAAAGAAAUGGUAAAGCUGAAUACCUUGUCUCCCUCAAGAAGACUCCCCUCACGGGGCCGGACCUCAACGACACCAGACCAGGCUUGCCGCCUAUAAGGGACGGCUACAUUCACUUCUCCAACUCGAACAUUGGGCAGGCAUUCACCAACACUGCCGUCCCUGGACUUGAGGAGCUUCUCGACAGCCAGAUUAAAAAGGCAAAAAAUAAAGGCCUCAAGGUAAAGGGCAUUAUUCUCGCCGGUGGUCUCGGCUCCAGCCGCUUCUUGUAUGAACAUUUGGAACAGCGAUAUUCCGGUGGCGGAAUCGAGAUAUGGCAGUCUACCCCUGACAGAACGCGCACUGCUAUCUGUCGCGGGGCCAUCCUCAAAGGGCUUAUGGACGCCCCCCUGGAAAACCGGGUCGAAGAUUACACCACCCCCGGUGUCCUUUCCACUGUCUCCAGGGUGAGUAUAGGCGUUCCUGCGAACAGGCCAUGGGACCCUUCAAUACACAGCAAACAGGAUAAAUGGUACGAUGAGCAAGAGGGUACCUACAAGGCUCGACGCCAAAUGGACUGGUAUCUUAAAAAGGGAGAAGACGUUGCUAAAGCACACCCCAUCCGCGAGGAGUACUAUCGCCUAUACGAGGACGAGGAUGAAUUCUAUGCCAGCAAUUUCAGUGUCACUAUUUACCAACAUGACGGCGAUACUCCGCCUGUGAGGUGGAGCGAACGGCUCAGCGAGUUAUGCACAAUCACCGGGAAACUCCGGGGCUGUGAUUAUAGUGAGCUUGAGGACUUCAAGGGCAAGGGGGGUAAAUGGUAUAAGCGAUUUGACUAUGCCCUUGAGAUGGUCCCAUCCGGUGCGUCCACACAGUUUACAAUCUAUUAUGGGAAGAGCAGAAUCGGGUCAGAGCACGCGGAGGUUCAAUACCAAUAG